AUGCUCCAGGGGUCGGCCCGCACCUGGUUGAACAGUCUGCCGGCGGGCAGCAUCAACGCGUGGGUCGACUUCGAGCAGGCCUUCGUGCGCAACUUCACCGGCACUUACAAACGAACCGGCCGCCCCAGUCAGCUCGCCAUGUGUGUGCACGGGCCGGCGGAAACCGGCCGCGAGUACCUCGCACGCUGGACCGAGCUCCGGAACAGCUGCGAGGGCGUCCACGAAGUCCAAGCUAUCCAAUACUUCGUCAACGGGUGCUGGGAUGGCACCCUCCUCAAGCACAAGCUCUUAUGCUCCGAGCCAGCCACCAUGGCCGCACUCAUGGUGACGGCGGACAAGUACGCCAAUACCGACUCCGCCAUGAAGAUCAAGGUGGCGCUGGAUGAAGCCGGCAAAGCAAAGCCGAUUCCCCCUCCGAAGUCGGCCGGCGAAGGAAGCCGGCAGCAGCACAACCAGCAAAACAACAAGCGCAAGGCCGAUCAGCCGGCCCAGCUCUACGACAACCGGCUCGUCGCGGCCGCCGAGCAGGCGCCCGCGACCAACCCGGCUGCCAACCGUCGGCAUACCGGCAAGACGACGUGGCAACCUGCCAUGAGCUUCGAGGAGAUGCUCGACGCCCCCUGCAAGCACCACAACGGCGCAAGGCCGUCCACGCACAUGCUUCGGUAG